AUGUCAACACCUGGUUCCUCAUUUACUGUAACGAAAGAACAACUUGCUGAACUUGCUGAAAGUCGUGGUCGUGAUUUUCGAGAACGAGAUCGAAUUUUGUCUUCACAUGGCGAAAUUGAAGGUUUGUUAAGAAAACUUCGUGUUUCAAAUGUUAGUCAAGGUCUCAAUGAAUCAGAUAAAACUGAUUUAGCAGAACGUCGUUCUACUUUCGGUGAAAAUCGAUAUUCACGUACAGAUUUGAAUCGACAAGCAACUGUUCUAAGAAAUGGAAAAGUUCAACAUAUUCCAAUUGUUGAAUUAGUUGUUGGUGAUAUAUGUCCACUUAGAAUCGGUGAUCGAAUUCCAGGUGAUGGUUUAGCAAUUGAAUCCGAUAGUCUCAAAAUAGAUGAAUCACCAUUAACAGGUGAAACAGACUUGGUGAAUAAACCAAUUGGUGAUAUAUUACUUGCUGAUACAGAUGUGAAAAUAGGUUCAGGAAAAAUGGUCGUGAUUGGGGUUGGUAUCAAUUCAGCAGUGGGUUCAAUUGAUCGGUUAUUUAGUUAA